UACAAAUACAAUGUAUACCUCGCGUAGAGUACACAUAUUUUGCUCACAUUACAUAGUCUGUCACCAUGCCAUCCCUAGGAUAUACGCACAGUUAUUUUUUCAGCUUUCCACGACAAUUGGCGGCUAGGACGGAAGACCACAAAAAAUUAGGGAAUGUCAUAGCCCAUGCCAUAGCCAAUCCGAUUUUAGUCUGGGGAUUCGUAUCUCUGCUGGCGCAUUUCAUUCCCAAAGAUAUAGUUGUGGCAUUAGUGAUCGCUAAAAUGUUAUUUUGUCUGGCGCAAGAUAUCAAAUGUGGGUUCAUCUACAGUGUAAUAUGGGGCUUGACAGUAUAUCACCAACUGUACAUAUUAACUCCUGUUCCUUUACUUGCUAUAAUAGCAGUUAUAGGGGUGGGAGUCGUUAUCAGCAUCGGUGUAGGGCACUGGAUAAUAGAACAGGAGUUGCCCCAUGAGAGAAAUCACCCAGCUGUUAAAAGUGACAGACUCCUGUUCAAAUUCUGUGGCUUUUUGAACGAAGUGUUUUUGGCUUCUUUCCACUUUCCAGUAUUGUUACUGUUACGAUGUGGUCUUAUGUCAAAACUGCGACAAAAAGUCAACAAAGAAUGCUUUAAGACGCAAUACAGAUAUAAACAAAUAAAGCAAAUGGAAAUGAAAUAAAGCCAUAUGUAUUAAACUGUCAUAAUGACUUGCGUUUAAAGUUAACAUUAUAUUACAUCAAAUCAGAUACUACUAUACUACAUGUAUAC